ACGGCAUGGCCCCGAGCGUGCAAAACCUCAGCGUCUUUCUUCUACCUUCCCCGCUAAUCUCUUGGUCAUGUAUAAAGCCUUCGCGUGUUACCUCUCCCUCCCCUUCACUCUGUUUCUACAUUCGCCCUCUUGUUUCUAGUUCCAUUCCUCAUCUCCCUUCCUACCGUAUCAUUUCGGACGAGCGAAGGAGUCCAACUGGGGAUUCUAAACCCUAGCGGCUCUUCUUCUAUCCUCGCGGGCGUUCGAGGCGAUGGCGGAAUCGUCGGGUGUGACUGACGCUAUGGCUGGGGUAGUUGCCGAGUCGAUUGGAGCGUCGGAAACACCUGCGGAGGAAUCAAAGGAGGAGAGGUCAGAGAGCUCGGGGGAGGAGGCACUGCUGUCACGGGCCCAAACGCUGAUUUCGAAGAUCAUGGCCGCCGAGUUAAACCCUAAUCCUAGGCACCUCCACGCAUUGGCCUCCAUUCUUGAGACGCAGGAGUCCAGAUGCAUGCAAGAAUCUGGGUCUUCUAACAAUGCACGGUCUUCUCAUGCUAUUGGAAGGUUGGUCAACUUAGUAAGGGAAAAUGAUGAAUUUUAUGAAUUAAUAUCAUCUAGGUUUCUAUCAGAAAGUAGAUAUAACAUAAGCAUACGUGCAGCUGCAUGUAGGGUUCUUCUGAGCUGUCCUUCAACUGGAAUGUAUUCCCAUGUUUUUGAUGAUACUGUUCUCGAUAAUUUCAAAUGCUGGGUAGUGGAGGACGUUCUAGAAGGUUCUGCUGAUGUUUGCAAUUGGAAGCGUGAAUUAGGAAGGAAUAAACCCACAGAUUUUGAAAUGCUUAAAACCUAUGCCACUGGACUUCUUGCUAUGUCACUAGCAGGGGGUGCCCAGGCUGUGGAAAAUAUCUUGACAUCAGGUUUGUCAGCCAAGCUUAUGCGGUACCUGCGCUUAAGAAUUCUUGGAGAGGUCAGUUCUAUUCAAAAAGAUGCUGUUUCUCAAUCAGAGGUCAAGCAUACACCUGUUUCUACUUCUGCAAGAGGUAGAGAAGAAAAUAGAGGCAGGUUUCGGCAGGUUUUGGAUGGACUAAAGAUUGUAGAUGAAUGUUUAUCAAAUGAUCAAAAUGCUGAGAGGGAUCGAGAGAAGAAUUCUACUAUGAGACAGGCACAUGAAGAAGAGUGUUGGCAAAAUGGUGUUGAGUUGCGAAAAACUGAACUUGCUACUCCUUCAGUAGAUUAUUACGGUGAAGGUGAUGUUGCUGCAGAGGAUGAAUGGAAAAAACUUGAUCAGCUUGAUGGAAAAUUAAAAUUUUGUGAGAGGCAGAUUGCUAGAUCAACUCAUGAAGAUGCAGAUGAAAGUGUGAGAGAUGAUUCAGCACGUCGAAAGAUAAAUCGGGUUUGGCCUAGAUCAAGAGGGAAAGGAAGGAUACCUGAAGGUACCUUUGAUAAUGAAAGGGUUUUGUUGUCUCCAUCUUCUGGAGUCCGAGUAAGUGACAUGGCUAGAAAUUCCAAGGACAAGAAUCCCUAUAAAAUUGAAGACACCCAAAGGGUUUGUGAUUUUAGGAAGAACCCUAUCGGGAUUGGAGUAGAUAGCGCUGAAGAGGAUAAUGAUGAUAGAUUUACUGAAUGCCUUGUUGGUUCACGGGAUAUAUCAGAGAUUAUAAAAAGAGCUACUAGAGCUGCUGAAGCUGAAGCCAGAGCAGCUAAUGCCCCCGCAGAAGCUAUUAAAGCAGCAGGUGAUGCAGCAGCUGAACUUGUGAGAACUACAGCCUUAGAGGUCUGGAAAAGCACUAAUGAAGAGAAUGCUGCUGCUCUAGCUGCUUCUAAAGCUGCGUCUACUGUGAUAGAUGCUGCUAUGGCCACCAAAGCCUCAAGGAGUUCCCUUGACUAUUGUGAUGUCUCGGUGGAGUCAAAGGUUGGAAAAUCUGAAUCGGAGGAGCUGGAAGUAUUUUUUAUUGUAGAGGGUAAAUCUCUUGCACAACUACGAGAGAAGUACUCAAUUCUAUGUCUCCAAAUAUUGGGUGAAUAUGUGGAAGCUUUAGGACCUGUUUUGCAUGAAAAAGGUGUUGAUGUCUGUCUUGCAUUACUGCAACGCUAUUCCAUUGAUGGACAGGCAGCAGACAAUUUGGCAUUGCUGCCUGAGGUUCUUAAACUUAUUUGUGCCUUGGCCGCUCAUAAAAAAUUUGCUUCCUUGUUCGUUGAUCGGGGUGGCAUGCAGAGGCUUUUGGCAGUUCGCAGAGCUUCUGAUACUUUUGUGGGACUUUCAUCCUGCUUAUUCACAAUUGGUUCUCUUCAGGGAGUCAUGGAACGUGUGUGUGCGCUAACCUCUGAUAACGUGCAUCAAGUGGUUGAGUUGGCGCUAAACCUUCUUGAGUGUUCCCAAGAACUGGCUAGAAAGAAUGCAGCCAUUUUUCUUGCUAAUUCAUUUGUUUUCAGGGCAACGUUAGAAUCUUUUGAUUCACAAGAUGGUAUGCCAAAAAUGCUUAAUCUUCUGCAGGGUGCUGCUUCGAUUAGAUCUGGUGGAAACUCUGGGGUGUUAGGUAUGCCUGGUGUGAAUUUGCAAAAUGAUCGAACAUCUGCUGAAGUUUUGUCUUCACAAGAGAAGGCAAUUGCUUAUCACACUUGUGUAGCACUACGCCAGUAUUUCAGAGCCCAUCUUCUUUUGCUUGUGGAUUCUCUUCGGCCAAAUAAAAUUAGUAGGAAUGUAGCACGAGGCACUUCCACCAGUGCAAGAUCUUGCUACAAGCCACUUGACAUCAGCAAUGAGGCCAUGGAUGUUGUAUUCCGACAAAUACAGCGCGACAGGAAGCUUGGAUCAGCAUUUGUUAGAGCUCGGUGGCUAGCAAUAGAUAAAUUUUUGGCUUCAAAUGGCCAUAUAAUUAUGCUGGAGCUCUGCCAGGCCCCAACUGUUGAACGAUAUCUUCACGAGUUAGCUCAGUAUGCGCUUGGUAUUCUUCAUAUUGCGACAUUGGUACCCUAUGGUCGUAAGUUGACUGUUAAUGCCACUCUGAGCAAUGAUCGGUUGGGAAUGGCUGUUAUUCUUGACGCUGCAAAUGGUUCUGGAUAUGCAGAUCCUGAGGUGAUCCACCCAGCAUUAAGUGUGUUAGUUAAUCUCGUCUGUCCUCCGCCUUCUAUAAGCAACAAGCCCUCUGUGCCAGCACCAAUUCAACAGUCUGCUUCCACUAACAUGGUCAAUGGUUUUGCUUUAGAGAAUAGAGAGAGGUAUUUGGAGCGCAAUAUGUCAGAACGAAAUGUUUCAUUUCCUGUCCUUAAUGAGUCUCGGGAAUUGAACCAGUUAGAAAGAGGUGCUGGGACAACAUCAUGCAGUUCACAAACAACUGUGCCUGCAAUGACAUCCGGAGUUGUUGGAGACCGCAAGAUAUGCUUAGGACCUGGAGCUGGCUGUGCUGGUCUGGCUGCCCAAUUGGAACAAGGAUAUCGUCAGGCAAGGGAAGCUGUGCGAGCAAAUAAUGGAAUUAAGGUUCUUCUUCAUCUUCUUCAUCCCCGAAUGAUUACUCCACCACAGGCUCUUGACAGCAUCAGGGCCCUUGCUUGUCGUGUCUUGCUUGGCUUAGCCAGAGACGAAACAAUUGCGCACAUACUAACAAAGUUACAGGUAGGGAAGAAAUUGUCUGAGUUGAUUCGUGAUUUGGGCAGCCAGGCUUCUGGAAAUGAGCCAAACAGGUGGCAGGCUGAGCUUGUCCAGGUGGCGAUUGAAUUAAUUGCGAUUGUGACAAACUCUGGGCGUGCAAGUACUUUAGCGGCUACUGAUGCUGCAGCUCCCACAUUGAGGCGCAUUGAAAGAGCUGCGAUUGCUGCUGCCACCCCUAUUACUUACCACUCCAGGGAACUACUACUCCUUAUACAUGAACAUCUCCAACUCUCUGGUUUGACAGCUGCUGCUUUUGCUUUAAAGAAGGAGGCUGAUUUGACACCACUGCCAUCUUUGUCAGGACCACCUUCCCUUCAUCAAAUUACAGCCCAAGAAAUAUCAACUGUUCAAGUCCAUUGGCCAUCUGGACGUGCGCCAAGUGGAUUUCUUGCAGAUAUUAAUAAAUCUGCAGUGCGGGAUGAAGAUGCUAACCAAAAGUUUGAUCUAGCGUUGGGCUGUUCACGGAAGAAGCCUCUGGCUUUUGCUUCAAACCUGUUACACGGAAAGAGUCAGCUUUUAUUGAGCUCAUCAUCUAUAAAUGGUAUAUCUGGCUCCUCAAAGAGUCCAUCAGCCUCAUACAACGAGGGAGAGAUUUCACAGUCUGGAACCAAGUCUAAUGCUGAUUUAGAUCCUCCAAUAAAGUCGCCAAUUUUGUUAACUAUGAAAAGAAAGUUAAUUGAACUAAAGGAUCCAAUCUGUACCACACCAGCAGCAAAACGCCUUGCUAUGUCUGAUGUUUCAUCUCUGCCUCCAUUCUUUCCAAGUCCUAGUAGCGGACAUAGAUAUUCACCGGUAAUUGAUGGAAUUAAUCAAUCUCCAUUAGGUAAUUUUACUCCAAAGUGCCCAUUUGGCCGAAUAACUUCGAGUCACAUUCCGGUCGAUAAUUCUGAGGAGAGUCAUUACCAAAAUGCAUCUGGGGCAAUUGUUACACCCCUUCUUCAGACAGGGAUUCCAGGCGAGCAGUUGCCUGGAAAUAUGGAGAGAAUGACCCUUGAUUCUUUAGUUGUGCAGUACUUGAAGCAUCAACAUCGGCAGUGCCCUGCUCCAAUAACAACUCUACCACCACUUUCUCUUCUGCACCCACAUGUUUGCCCAGAACCCAGCCGUAGCCUCAAUGCACCAGCAAAUAUGGUAGCACGGGCUAGUACUCGUGAGGUUGGUAAGCAGUAUAAGGGUAUCCAUGCUGGCCGUCGAGAUCGUCAGUUUGUGUAUAGUAGGUUUAGGCUAUGUCGGACGUGUCGAGAUGACGUGUCCCUUUUAACUUGCAUUACUUUCUUGGGCAAUUCUGAUCGUAUUGUCACGGGAAGUCACUCCGGUGAAGUAAAAAUUUUUGAUACUAGCAAUGGCAAUUUAUUAGAGAAUUAUGGUAGCCAUCAGACACCCGUUCCUAUGAUUCAGUCAGCCGUUUUAGGGGAUUCCCAGCUUAUACUUUCCUCCGGUACAUUUGAUGUUAAGUUGUGGGAUGCCUCUUCAUUCUCAAAUGGUCCGUUCCAUUCAUUUGAUGGAUGCAAAGCAGCUCGUUUUAGCCACUCAAGAACCACAUUUGCAGCCCUUUCAGCUGAUGCAUCUAGCCGUGAAGUCCUUCUUUAUGAUAUUCAAACCUGUAAUGUAGAGCUAAAGCUUCCUGAUAGUCUGAGCAACCAUUCUGGUGCUGUACGAGGAACUACACAAUCUCUCAUACAUUUCAGCCCGCUAGACACGAUGUUGCUAUGGAAUGGAGUCUUGUGGGAUAGGCGGAGUGCGUCUCCUUUGCAUCGAUUUGAUCAAUUUACUGACUAUGGCGGAGGUGGUUUUCAUCCAUCCGGAAAUGAGCUCAUUCUAAACUCAGAGGUUUGGGAUCUUCGGAAGUUCAAGCUAUUGAGAAGUGUGCCUUCUCUGGACCAGACUGUAAUCACGUUUAACUCUGACGGGGAUGUAAUCUAUGCUAUUCUCCGGCGUAAUCUUGAAGAUAUAACCUCUGCUGUUAACACUCGCCGCGUUAGGCAUCCACUUUUCCAAGCAUUUCGUACUAUAGAUGCUAUGAAUUAUUCUGAUAUUGCUACAGUUCCUGUGGACCGCUGUGUCCUCGACUUUGCUGCUGAUUCCACCAACUCUUAUGUUGGCGUGGUCGCCAUGGAUGACCAUGAGGAAAUGUUUUCCUCUGCUAAACUUUAUGAGAUUGGAAGGCGGCGACCUACCGAUGAUGAUUCAGAUCCAGAUGAUGGAGGUGAGACGGAGGAAGACGAGGAUGAUGAGGAUGAUUCUGAAGCUGAUGUAGACUCUAUAUUAGAAACAGAAUCUGAUGGUGAAAGAGAAAGUGAUUCUGAUGAUGUAAACAACAAUGAAGAUGAUGAGGAUAUUGACAGUGGAGAUGAGCAAGAUGAAGCUGAUUUCAACAUUGAUGAUGUAGAGUUAGAAGGGGGCCAAGGGAUAUUAGAGAUUAUGGCUGAGAGUGAUGACGGUGAAGAUGAAGAUAGUGGGCUCGAAUCGUAUAGCAGUGAUGAGGAAGGGGGUUUCACAGGCAACGGUUUUGGAUUCUGACUUUCCCCAUCAAAUCAGUGUGCCUCGUGUAAUUAUCUGUUUCUUUUUGUUUCCUCCUUCAGGUAUUCCAUUUAGGAAGAAUUUGAACGAGGAUAUCAAGAAAGUUUGUAAAGUUUUGGAGGCUUAGCAUCUUGAAUGUGAUGGAAGGCUAUUUGGUUAAUUGUCCAACUGUCAAAGCAAAGAAAUAAGUUUUCAUUAUGCCAUUUUUAUGUUUCCUUUUUUUUUUUCUUUCUUGUAAGUCUUUUGAUUUCCCUUUUGACGCCUUUUACAGUGUUUUGCAUAAUUCAAUAUUGGUGUAAUUCUCCACGAGAACAUUUUUGCUGGGUAGUUGGGCCUUAAAGACUACCCGAGUGUACGAUUUCUUUUGGUUCUUA